AUGGAGACGGUGGCACACACUCCCCAGCCCACUGCGGACGAGAGCGACAAGGUAGGCAAGCACGAGCCGACCCACGAGGAGGAGAUUGGCCUCAAACAUGAGGAGGUCGUUGAUGCCUUUGGUAACGAGGAGAAUGCCGAGAUCAAGUAUAAGACCCUGAAGUGGUGGCAAUGUGGUCUUCUGAUGAUUUGCGAGUCCGUCUCGCUGGGCGUGCUGUCUCUGCCGUCCGCGGUAGCUACGCUGGGCCUGGUGCCCGGUGUAAUCCUCAUUGUUGGCCUGGGUCUGCUCGCUACCUACACCGGCUACAACAUCGGAUUGAUGCGUGAGCGGUACCCUCACAUCCAGAACCUGGCAGACGCUGGUGAGAUUCUCUUGGGCCGCCUUGGCCGCGAGCUCUUCGGUGCGGGCCAGUUCCUGUUCUGCAUCUUCAUCAUGGGAAGCCACAUCUUGACCUUUCGUGUCAUGAUGAACACCAUCACCAACCACGGCACCUGCUCAAUCGUCUUCAGUCUGGUCGGCAUGAUCAUCUCCCUGGUGCUGUCCAUCCCGCGUACUAUGAAGGGCAUGAUCUGGAUUUCAUUCUGCUCUUUCUUGUCCAUCUUCAGCGCCGUCAUGAUCACCAUAAUCUCCGUCGGCGUCGAGCAGCACCCCGGCCGCAUCAUUGAGGCCACCGUCGACACCACCCUGUACACCGCGUUCCAGGCCGUAUCCAACAUCGUCUUCGCCUAUUGCGCCCACGUCGCCUUCUUCGGUCUGAUCGCCGAGAUGGAGACCCCAAAUGACUUCAAGAAGUCCCUGUUCAUGCUCCAGGGCUUCGAGAUCUGCCUGUACCUGACCGCUGGAGUGGUCGUCUACUGCUACGUCGGCAAGGACGUGUCCUCGCCCGCCCUGAGCUCUGCCGGCCCACUGAUGAAGAAGGUCGCCUUUGGCAUUGCCAUCCCGACCAUCGUCGGUGCUGGUGUCGUCAACGGCCACAUUGGCCUGAAGUACAUCUACUUCCGCCUCUGCUCCAAAUCGGACCUGAUCCACCAGCGCAACUGGAAGUCCAUUGGCCUGUGGCUCGGCCUGGGCGUAUCCUGCUGGAUUGUCGCUUGGAUCAUUGCCGAGGCAAUCCCCGUCUUCAGCGACCUGAACUCCCUGAUCAGCGCUCUCUUCGCCAGCUGGUUCAGUUACGGUCUCAGUGGUAUCUACUGGCUGCACCUGAACCGCGGCCAGUGGUUCGCCUCGCCGCGCAAGGUCGCGAUGACCGUGCUCAACGUGGCCAUCGCCCUGUUUGGUCUUGCUCUGUGCGUGCUGGGCCUGUAUGCUUCCGGCACUGCCAUCCAUGAUGACUCCAGCAAGGCCAGCUUUACCUGUGGCAACACGGACAGCUAG